GAUGAUAAAACUGAGUAUGUGAAAUAGGUGUAGAAAAAAUUUAUUGAACUGAAUUUCUGAAAGUGAAAAGCGUUUUAAGUAAAAUGAAUGGAAUGGAGGUAUCCAAAGAGUUAAAAUGUGACAUUGAAUCAAACCAGACUCAACUGAAAACUGCUAUUUGCAACCAUCAGAACAUCCUAGCUAGACUUAAAGCUGAUCCUGAUGAUGUUUCCUUGCAAAAGUCGCUCAAUAAGGCAGAAGCAGAAAUUAUCGUUAUUGGAUUGGAACAGAAAAAUCUCUUAGAACGUCUCAGAGAGGAAUAUAAAGCUUAUCAGAAAUCCGUAAAUACCAAUUUGAUAAAGAAUGGUCUUGAAGAGCGAAGAUUUAAUCUCACCAAUGCAUUGAACAGAGCUAGGAAGCAAACUAUUGGCCUUAGUAUCGAGAGAGUUAGCCCGACGGGCAGUUUGUCGCCAGAUAACAAAACUUGUGUGACUUGUAAACAGUCAGGAGCUCUUACUUUAUGCGAAGUGUGCGGCAAUAGUUUCCACAUCAGUUGUCACAACCGUCCCUUGACGCACACUCCACGCCAAUGCCCAAAAUGCAUCGUUAAAGAAACUAGAACCGUAGGUUCGCUUAAUGUGCCUUCAUAUAUGACAGUGUCGUGCUUUACGCCGGCUCAAAUGUCAGAAAAACUGGACCAAAAGAAGCAGCUAGAAGAGAUAAAGCAAUCUCUUGCCGCCGAAUUGACGCAGCUACAAGACCGACAUUCACAAUUGACCAUAUCUUUAAAAGAUCAGAAAAAUCAGCAAGACCAACUCUUGAUGACGCAGCACAGCACCCAAGAUAAGAUCAAGCAGAUCUUGAGCUUUAUCGAAAAAGUGAAAAAUCCUCUCUGCUCUGAGAUCGAAACUAUCGAAAUAUCUUGAUCAAGUUAAAUUGGUUUUAUUAUGAUAAUAAUUAUUAUUGUUACUUUGUUAAGCAUUAUUAAAAUUCAUAAACUUGUUCUUGGUGGUAUAAGAUAAUGAUGUCUCCAACGAAAUGAUGUUCUAAAAUUUGUAGUAUAUUAGAUUUCUUUCUCUGUUUAUUUUCAGUUCUCUCCAUCCCCAAUACAUGUCAAAAAUAUAUAAUGAUACGAGAAUGAAUCUAAUCGGUAGGUUUUCUACAUGAUUUUAAUCAAUUUGUUAAAGAAACGUGAUUUUUUUGUAGAAGAUUGACCAAAUGUAUCCCCAUAAAGUUGCUUCCCAUUACAGUUGUUCCAUUGAUAUAAUUUUUUAGCACUCACCAUUGACUGGUGAGAUUUCUCAUUAGGAAAUAGCUAUAAAAAUUUCUUUUAUGGAAAAAUAUGAACGAAAGUAGUGUUCAGAAAAUCAAGAUAUUAAGUUAAUUGUAAUUAUCUUCUUCGCCUUUGACGUUUGACAUUGGACAGCAAUUAUGGAAAUAUCGUUACUACUAUCUUAGUAUCAAUACUUCAAUACUAGGUACAAUACUACUAUUUUAGACCAUUAAAACUUACAGACACGCUGUAUGCGUUACGAAGAGUGAAGCCAGCUUAAAUUGCUUUGUGCAGCUGUGCGUGACGUCAGUAUAUGGCAGAAAACGUUAGAAACUAGAAGUGUUUAAAUGUGCAAACUUGUUAUAAGUGUUAAGUUCCAAUUUAAUACUUUUCUAAUACAUUAUUUUUUAAAUUAUGGUAUUAUCUUGCAGUGCAUUUAAUUGUACGCAGCGACACAAAAGGGGACAGAUAUAUCAUUUCAUGGGUAAGUAAAUUCAUAAAUUAAACUUGGAAAACCUACCAGAAAUUUAGCAUCCAUUAAUUUACUUUUCUCUUCCAGUGUUUAAAAAUUCAUUUAAAAUUGGGUAAUUUUAUUAGGGCUUUUCUAAAAAUCCAAUUCAGUGUUCUUGCCGUAGUGUGACGUCACUUGCGCAAGAGCUGUUGGCUUCAACGAUUCGGUAGGCGUGUCUAUACGUUUUAAUGGUCUACCAGAAAAUAAUUGCAGUUUACUAUUAUUUAUUAAUAAUUUUUAAUUUUACUUUAACAUGCGAGAGUUUUUUGACAGUCAUUAUUGGCAGAUGACAUUUGACAUCAGACAGUAGUUGCAUUAAUUCUCUUCGGUAAUACUAAAAAUGGUCUAGAAGCACGUUUGGGGAUUAUAAAUAAAUUUGAUGUAAUGUUAAAGAAAUUGAUCAUUUUGUACAUAAAUAUUUUUAUAAAUUAACUGCAUUAAUCUUAAUUUAAAGUACAUAUAUUUAUUUUAUAGGUUUUAAUCGAUUGGAAUACUUAUUGUAUUUAUGGAAAAAUAUAAGUCAGAGAAAUUGGGGUAACAUUUUAAUUUUAUACUGCCAAGCUCAAAAGAUUGUUGCAAAAUGAUGUAUCGCUAUUUUUUCGGAUGUAAAUAUUAUGUUUUUGUAAUAAUUUUGUAAUAAAAAUUGAUACGUUUUAUU